UUCACGAGGGGGUUAAAAUUAAAAAAAAUAUUUUCUCACUCUUAAAACCCCCUCAAAAUUCAGCAACAAUGUCCACAUCUUCACCUCGUUACCAGUCAGAUUCAGCAUCGGCCUCUCCACGUCCAGUGUUGAUUGAAGGGGCUAGAACAGUCGCUAGUUUGGUUUCUUCGUCCAACAGAAUUCCUUCUAUUCCCCAACCAGAAUAUCCACAAACAUCCCCUAGAGAACAACAAAAAAGAGAACCGGCCAUAACCACACCCACUAGUAAUGUUAGAAAUAUACAGCAACAACGCCAUCCACCUAAUGCGGAAUUAAAAGCAUUAUUUAGUUUAACAGAGGCAUACAUUGCUGAAAGGAUAGAUAUUGAGCCGACACUCAAACCCUUCCAAAUCGACUACGUUCCCGCGGUCGGGGACGUCGAUCCCUUCAUAAAAGUACCACGCCAAGACGAGAUUCAAGCAAUGGGAGCAGAUUGGUUAUGGACAGGAUUAAUGGCUGUCCAUCCAAACGAAGAUUUACAACUUGGAUUGACCGUAUUGGAUGAGCCAGCAGCUAUUCAAUCAGACCCAGCAAUUGUUGAUUUAAGACUGCAUCAAUUAUCAGGGAAAAGUGGGGCUUCUGUUGAUGCUCCAGUAAAGAAGCUUUCUAGAGCUGACAAAAAUACAAAACAAAUUGACCGUUGGAUUCAAUCAGUUAAGGAAUUGAGACGUACAAAACCUCCAGAUAGGGUACACUAUGGAAAACCUAUGCCUUCUAUAGAAUCGCUCAUGCAAGAAUGGCCACAAAGUGUUGAACAAAAUUUGAAGGGAAUGAAGUUGCUACUCAACGACAAUCUUGACGCUGCCCUAGAAGACUAUGCAGACAUUUGCUUGUCUCUAAUAGACAUUCCAGUACACAAAAAUCGUCUAGAUUCCCUCCAUGUUUUAUUCUCUCUUUACGCCGAAUUUCGAAAUUCCCAACAUUUUAAAAAUUUGGCAUUAGGGGGAAGUCGGCAAGGAUUUAACAAUGGAAACGAUGACGAUUUGGAAAUAACAGAACAAUUAUUAUUAAAUAAUACAUCCUCAACUAUUGACCAUCUUGUAGUUGAUGAGGAAGAAAUUAAAUAA